GGACCAAGCGAAAGGUCAAACGGCUCAAGGCUGUAUUCGGGAAUGGGAAACGUGCGACGACCCUCUCCGAUGCUCGUGGUUUCCCAAGGCUGCAAGGGAAUCGGACAGGGAUCGCCCGUCGCCGCCUCAAGAUCCCACCGAGGUCUGGGGAAAAAAAUUAUCAUCUUUAGAUACCCAAGGAGAUUUUCUGGGAUUCUGGAUACCGACUCGCCGUGGAUCCCAUGGGAAUCGAUAAUAAUACGAAGAGGGGAACAUCAGCCCCUGCUGCGUCUCCUUGCGCUCACCUCAGAAACGCCUACCACGAUUGCUUCAAUAGGUGGUAUUCCGAGAAGUUCUCAAAGGGUCAGUGGGACAAAGAGGAGUGCGUCUCCGAGUGGGAGAAGUACAGAGCCUGCCUUGCUCAACAUUUGGAAGACAAGCAUCUGAGGCGUGUAUUCUUGGAAGCAGAAGCCUCUGCAUAUUCUAUUAAAGAUGGUCACAUUCAAUGAAUCAUUGCUUUUGAAGCUCCAAUUGCUUUUGGUCAAUCAGAGAAUUUAUCAUUGUUGAUCCAGAUCUGUAUGCACAAAUUGGUAAUCUCUACUUGGACAUGUACAACCCAGUCUCAUGUGGCAUACUUCAGAAGCCCCUAUUUUCAGGGGGGGGAAAAAAUCUCAUAGAAUACAAUCCUGCCCUGCUUUGCGAGCACCUCCAGUGUCUUCAUGAGAUAUAUCCUGAUGUUCUGAACAUAGCUCCGAAUGACAUUGAUAUCUGGUUGGUUGUCCAUCCAAUUUGCGCAUGGUAUGAAAACUCAAGUGAACUACAUUGUUA